UCUCCCAUCUACCACACCUGAUAUACUUCCGUGCCAGGGUCGACUUUGCAGACCACAGUCGAGAGAGCAGCGAAACCCUCGACUCUACACAUCAUGGUCAUGCGAAAAGAACUUGAGCGCUGCGACUGGCGCUUUAUUCACGGCCGCUGGAGCUUUGGCUCGGCGCAGGUGGGUCUGCACGCAGCGCUGUGGCAAGUGGACCAAAGGAGAUCGUCACUAACAAGCUUCGAAACCAUUACUGCUAGUAGGAGCACGGGGGCUCAAAGAAAAAUGCGCACGAUAUAUGGACGACGCGCAGGAGCAUUGCGCGUCGCACCAUGCUGCGCCACACACCGCCACCCUGCAAGUCGAUGUGCACGCGCCUGCUCGACAGCAGCUGGCUACUGACCGCUGCACCAAGCCGCGCAGCAGACCGCAGCCUUGCGCGCUACGACAGGGGGCGUUUUGGCGUCUUCCCACGACGAAGAGGAAAACAGGUGAGGGGGGCGGCGAGGAGACGGAGGAGCAAGGUAAACCGCAUGGCCGUCGCCGUGGAUACGCGUUGAAAACAUCAUACACGUGGAGUACACAGGCGUCGCGCCAGGCGGCGCAACAGACCGCAGCACUGCGAGACGAAGUUAUGUCACGCAUCGUGAUCGCAGUGUCUGCGUCAUUACGCAUGAGGUGGAACCAGAGAUGCGCUGGAACCUGGUACUAAAAGACUUGUCACCGGCAGUCGCGUGAAGCCCCUGCUAAGACCGCGAGAUUGCCGAUUGAAAGGGAUUGAGGGGGCUCUUCCCGCGAUGAGAGGGAGGGACCCGAGAGACAGGCAUUACGAGGAGGAGGAGGAGGCGGAGGACCAGCGUGAAACCAAGAUGCACGAGCGAUGAUGCAGUACACCACCCCGUCCCAAGUCCCCCGCGUCAGACAUUCCUGAACAAAGGAACUCCACCCGCCUGCCCGUGGGUGCGAAGGGGCCCUGCUCUGAACAUGAACCGCCGCGCAUGCUUGCAGCGCGUCACAACGCGUACGACAACAGCGCCUCCUCC